AUGAAGACCGUUGAGCUGGGCGCUUAUCUCAUGGAAGAGAGGAAAACAAUAGAAAAUUUGAGCUUGAAAUUAAGAAAUAUAUGCAAUGACUGGGGUCUUGAUGAUAGUAAAAUAGCAGCAUUCGUUUCAGACGGGGGCGCAAACAUCAAAGGAGCUAUUAAAAGUGAGUUCGGCGAUGGGAAACACAUUUCGUGUUUUGGACAUGUAAUAAUAAAUAUUGGUCAGCGCCUUAUCGAAGUUAAUAUUACUCCACCUGCAUCUGAAUCUCAAAAUCAAGUUUCCGACUUACCCGCUGAUGAAAAUGAUGCUAUUGACAAUCUUGAAGACUUAAUUACAGAUCAUACUGAGCAAUCGUCAUUGCGUGAGCUAUUGUCAAAAGUUAAACAAAUUGUCACAUUCUUUCGACAAAGUGAAAGAGCGACUACAGAGCUUCUGAAAUUACAGAAGGACAAGCCUGAAAAUUCUCGUCUGAAAUUAAUUCAGGAAGUGCGAACGAGAUGGAACUCCUGUUUUGAAAUGGUUGACCGUUUCAUUGUGCUUGCUGAUCAUGCCAGUAAAGUGCUUUUACAAGUGAAGAUGGACAAAUCUUCGAAAGCGAAGCCACCUAACAUGAUCACAGCUGAUCUUGUCAAGACAGAACGAAAAUUAUCAUUGGCAGCAACGGUGGCAAAUAUUAACGCUCAAGAUGAGAUAUUAGCUAUUCAAGGUCCGGAAUCUCAGAAAACGAACGAUGACAAUUAUGAUAUAUGGUCGUAUUUUGAUAACACUGUGAGUUGUAGUUCCAAUCUUGCAGAUUCUGAUGAGGCUGGAGGAUUACCAAUACAAUUACGACAAUAUUUGACACGCCCGGCUGUCAAUCGGACACAAAAUCCUAAUCCGUUCACUGUGUGGGAAAGUAUGAAAUAUGAAUAUCCGUAUCUAUGGAAUGUAGCUAAAAAGUACUUGCCAACAGUUGCAACGUCUGUACCCUGUGAGCGAUUAUUUUCACAUGCAGGACUUAUCGCAAAUCAGUUGAGGAGUCGCUUAUCACCUCAGCACAUUAAUGAGCUAAUAUUUUUAAGAUCAAUCGGCGAAGAAAUGUGGUUUUCGUAG